UCAAGAUCGAAUGAAAAUCAAGAAAUAAUAUAAUAUAAUUCAACAAUGGUGACUACUAUUACUGUUCCGAGCAGGGUGGAGAGGCUAGCUGGCAGCGGCAUCGAACGCAUCCCGAAGGAGUACAUAAGGCCGGAGGAAGAGCGGCCGAGCAUCGGCGACAUUUUCGAGGAGGAAAAGAUGGGCGGAGGGCCACAAGUCCCGACGGUGGACUUGAAAGGGAUCAACUCCGAGGACUUGGAGGUGCGGGAGAAGUGCCGGGAGGAGCUGCGGAAGGCGGCGGUGGACUGGGGCGUCAUGCACCUGGUCAACCACGGGAUACCGGAGGAGCUCACCGGCCGCGUGAAGGCCGCCGGAGAGGGGUUUUUCGGUCAGCCAAUUGAGGAGAAAGAGAAGUAUGCUAAUGACCAGGCGGCGGGGAAUGUGCAGGGCUAUGGUAGUAAGCUGGCAAAUAAUGCUAGUGGGCAGCUUGAGUGGGAGGAUUACUUUUUCCACUGUGUUUUCCCUGAAGAUAAGACUGAUCUCUCCAUUUGGCCUAAAACUCCUUCUGAUUACAUAGCUGCAACAAGGGAAUAUGCAGAGCAACUGAGGGCAUUAACCACAACGGUGUUAGCAGUGCUGUCACAAGGGCUAGGGUUAGAGGAAGGAAGGCUGGAGAAGGAAGUGGGAGGGAUGGAAGAGCUUCUUCUACAAAUGAAAAUAAACUACUACCCAAAAUGCCCUGAGCCAGAGCUAGCCCUGGGCGUGGAAGCUCACACCGACGUCAGCGCCCUCACCUUCAUCCUCCACAACAUGGUCCCGGGCCUGCAGCUCUUCUACGAGGGAAAAUGGGUGACCGCCAAGUGCGUCCCUAACUCCAUCAUCAUGCACGUGGGCGACACCGUCGAGAUCCUCAGCAACGGCAAGUACAAGAGCAUUCUCCACAGAGGGGUUGUGAACAGGGAGAAGGUGAGGGUUUCUUGGGCGGUGUUCUGUGAGCCGCCCAAGGAAAAGAUCAUUCUCCAGCCCCUGCCGGAGACCGUGUCUGAGGCGGACCCGCCGCGCUUCCCGCCCCGCACUUUUGCCCAGCAUAUUAAGCAUAAGCUCUUCAGGCAAACUGAUCAGGAAGGAGCUGACACGCCCAAACCUGAUGAUCAGCAAUCAAAUUAGCUUAUUCCUUCGGGAAAAUAUAUAGUAAAACAUUGAUUAAUAUAAUGUUUCAAAUCUACUAUUAGAAUGUAAUUUGAGCUUUGUGGAGUCCGUUUGGUAUUAUUAUGGUUGGUUUUAUAACAAUCGCUUAAUUAAAGCA